UUACGGCGCUGCCGUAAAGCGCCGCGGCCGGGCGCGAUCGCCCUUGGGAGGGAGCGGCCAUGAGCGGGAACGGCGCGAACCGGGCCCUGGAGCUGCUGCGCUCGCUGCCCAGGGUCAGCCUGGCCAACCUGAGGCCCAACCCCGGCUCCAAAAAGCGGGAAAGAAGACGUGGCCGUGGAAGAUACGGAGGUCGGAAGUGUGGCCGAGGUCACAAAGGAGAAAGACAAAGAGGGAAUCGCCCCCGGUUGGGCUUUGAGGGUGGUCAGACUCCAUUUUACUUGGCCAUACCAAAAUACGGAUUUAAUGAGGGACAUAGCCUCAGACGUCAGUACCAACCUCUGAGUCUCCAGAGGCUGCAGUACCUGAUUGAUUUGGGCAGAGUUGACCCCACGCAGCCGAUCGACUUAACCCAGCUCAUUAACGCCAGAGGUGUGACAGUGCAGCCUCUCAAGAGGGAUUAUGGUGUGCAGCUGGUGGAGGAGGGUGCUGAUAUUUUUGCAGCAAAAGUAAAUAUUGAAGUGCAAAGGGCAUCUGAAUUAGCAAUUGCAGCCAUAGAAAAAAAUGGAGGAGUAGUAACAACAUCAUUCUAUGACCCAAGGAGCUUGGAAAUUUUAUGCAAGCCAGUAGUGUUUUUCCUGCGUGGCAAACCUAUCCCGAAGCGAAUGCUCCCACCUGAAGACCUCGUGCGUUACUACACGGAUCCCCGGAGCCGGGGCUACCUGGCAGAUCCAGCUAGGGUUGCAGAAGCCAGGCUGGAACUUGCCAAGAAGUACGGCUAUGUCUUACCAGACAUGACUAAGGAUGAACUCUUUAAGAUGUUAAGUGCACGCAAGGAUCCUAGACAGAUAUUUUUUGGUCUUGCUCCAGGGUGGAUUGUAAACCUGGCAGACAAGAAAAUUCUAAAACCAACUGACGAGAGUCUGCUGAAAUACUACAGCUCAUGAAUUCAGGACUGGACACAAUUGCAGGUGUACAGGAAACAUCUGGGUAUGAAAUAAUGGAUAGAAGUGGUGUGUGUUUGUUUUUAAGACUCCUAUUAUACUAGAAACAACAUUUUUUCUUCAUGCAAUCUUCUGGUGUAGCUCUUAACUUUUUUAUUGUCAUAAUAGAGUGUAUCAGAAGUCUUAACAUUUGCAAACAAUGUGGAGUCUGACAUAAAGUAUGGGUCUGGGCACUUUCUCUUCCAAUGGUUUGCCAGUUAUGUUUUCAGACAAAAGGUUUCGGUGUUGCAUUUGUUUCAUAGGAUAAUUCCAAAGAGUCAUUUGACCUAAUAAUUAGUUUGUUCCCCCCCUCCCCAAUUUAAAAUCAUGACUGUGAUUGACUGUACAAUGAAAAUGACUGUACAAAACUAAAACUAGUUUUACAGUCACACUGCAUAAAAUUAUAAGUUCUAGCAAAUGUAUCUUGAAUAGCUCUAAGAGCUGUUUUUGGUUGGGGAAAAAUAAAAAUAACCAGAAAUAAAAAAGUACUAAAGAUUGCAUUAACCUUUCCAAUUUCAUAGCUAUUUUUUGGAUUUUGCCAUUGCCAUCAAUAGCACUAAAGCUUGAGAGAUCUUGAUUUUUCUUUUAUUUCUUAAUGUGCAAUUGAGGAAGACAAAGUGUGCAGUUUAAAAUAACUUUCUACCUGUAUUUGGGCCUAGAGGGGAAGGUAGCUAUCUUAAUUCAAUGGCUUUUAUUCUUCAAACAGAAUUUAAAACUUGUCCUGACACAAAUGUAAUUUUACUAAUAAAAUGCAUAGCAGGAUCCAGA